GUAAGAGAGAUGAGAGCGGGGGCAGCUCCGUCCCUCUGAGCUGGGGAGCCCUUGGCCCCGUGUGCCCCACACUGAGGGUCCCUCGUGGGGAGGGCUGGAGCAAAGGUGCCCAGCGAGGGCAGAGCGGGCCGAGUGUCCCCUCCAGGCCAGGCCAGGCCAGGCCAGGCCAUGUCGGAGCGCCGGGCGGGCGCCAAGGGCCGGCGCUUGGGCUCCAGCCGGCGCAAGCAGCUGCAGGAGGGCCCCGGGCAGGCCCCGGCACCAGCACCUGGGCCCAGUGAGGAGCCACCAUGGGCAUCUGAAAUAGUGCAGAGGGUGCAGCACCUGCUCAGCGACAGGGACACGGGGCAGGCGGGAGUCGUCACCCGCUCCGACAUGCAGAAGCUGCAUGAGGAAGGUUUGCCGUGCAGCAGGGAGGAGUUGGAGCUUGUGUUCGAUGGGCUGGAUGCCGCUGGCACCGGGCGCUUGGGCACAGAGGAGUUCACGGCCGGGCUCCGGCAGUUCCUGAGCUCCCAAAACGCUGCCAGGGAGCACCGGCGGAGGAAGACGGCGUCCCGGAGGGUGCGGCUGGUGCUGCCCGGCCCGGCGCUGGCAGGGGGGGACAGCGAGGAGCGCAGACACUUCGCCGCCUUUAUGGAGCAGCUGGGCACAGGCCACCCCUCUGAAGAACAGGAGAUCUGGCAGCUCUGGGUGAAGCUCCGGCAGGACGAGCCCCAGCUGCUGGACAACCUGGAGGGCUUCCUGGCCAGGAUGAGGCAGCGCAUCCAAGAAGCCAGGAGCGAGAAAGAGGCUUUGGAGCUGACUCUGAACAAGCGUGUGGCCGAGCACGACAAGGACGUGCAGCAGCUCUGCGAGGCCCUGGAGCAGCAGAUCCAGCAGGAGCAGCAGCGGCUGCAGCAGCAGAGCAUGGCCCGGAGCCAGCAGCAGGGCGAGGAGCUGCAGCGAGUGCUGGAUGCCAGCGAGAGGGAGGUGCAGCGCUUGGUCACGGCGCAGAUGGAGCUGGAGCAACGCUGCCACAGCCUCCAGAGCUCCCAGCAGGUCACCAGCACGGAAAACCAGCAGCUGGAGAAAAGCAACCGGGCCCUGCAGCAGCACCUGCAGCACCUGCACCAGCAGCUGCAGCAGACCCAGGGCCACCUGAGGAUGAUGAGGGCUACAGUGGCUUGGGAGCACAUGGGGGAGCCUGGGGACAGAGUGGUGGCAGAGUUACCCAUCGAGGUGCCAAUGUCCCCACAGCUGAGUCCUGGGAAGAGUGAGAAGUUCCGCUCCGAGAUGCGGAUCAGGCUGGGAUCUCAGAGCAGUGAGAGCAAAGCCAAGAGCACCCAUCAAGUGGUUUGGGAAAUGCUGCCAGCAGAAACAAACCUUUCAGGAGCCCCACGGAAAGCAAGCUCUGCAGAAGAGGACCCCUUCCCAGAACCUUUGAAAGAGGAAGGUGUCUCUGACCAAAGCUCUUUGCUAAGAGAGAUGAAUGAUGCAAUAGCAGCUUUGAGCAAACAUCUGAAGGCACAGGCACUGGGUGCACCCCCUGCCCUGGCAGACACUGCUGGUCACCCCUGGGACAAUGCUGAGCCCCAAACAGGGCCAGAGGCAGCAACAGCCCAUGAAACAACCCCUGGGCUCGUGCAGGAGACCCUCCCUGGCCACGUCCAUCAUGAGCUGCUGGAAGGAGACCUGCAGGAGGGGCCAGGCACAGCUGAGCUUCGUGCUCCAGAUGUGACACAGGCUGAUGUGUGGCGGCUUUGUGCUCCGGGACAGGCAGCCCAAAGGGAGCUUCAGGAGCAGGUUUCAGCACAGGGACAUGAGGGGAAGCUUCACAUGGUGGCCCAACAGCCAGAGGGGAAGACACCACCCACAAUGGAACCAGAGCACACGGCUGCUGGACCUGCUGAGCAUCCGAAGCAAGAGGUGCCACCAGCAUCAACACUGCACAAGGCAGUGCAACCUGGAGAUACUGGGAGUGAUCAGCUGGGGGUGGUCCUCAGAGAAAACUCUCUGGGGCAAAGGCGGCUCUUGGGAGAACAGAGCACAGACCGCAGCGUUGGUCAACGAGAGAAGAUGCAAGAGUUUGGUCAGAAAAUGAGCCAGGAAGGUGAGCCCAGCUCAGGAGAGCCAUGGGCUGUGACUGCAGGUGUGGCAGGAGCUGCCCCACAGGGUUGUCCUAAAGCUCCCCUGGAGCCAGACCACCUCUACAACGUGCUGUUUGUUGGGGACUCCCACGUGGGCAAAACGUCCUUCCUGUACCGUUUGCACACCGACACCUUCAACCCCCACCUCACGGCCACAGUGGGACUGGAUUACCAGAUCAAAAACCUCGUUGUGGAUAACAAGCGCUUUGCUCUCCGCCUGUGGGACUCAGCUGGUCAGGAAAGGUACCGCAGCAUGACCAAGCAGUUCUUCCGGAAGGCGGACGGGGUGGUGCUGAUGUACGACAUCACCUCCGAGUACUCCUUCUCCGACGUGCGCUACUGGCUCAGCUGCAUCCAGGAAGGAGCAGAGGAUGGAGUUGCUGUUCUGCUUCUUGGGAACAAAACCGACUGUGCUGCCCAGAGACAGGUCCCUACAAAGGAGGGUGAAUGCCUGGCCAAGGAGCACCAGCUCAUGUUUUAUGAGUGCAGCGCUGCCUCAGGCCACAAUGUCUUUGAGUCCAUGGUCAGCUUCACCAGGUUGCUCAAAGUUCGUGAAGAUGAAUUGAAAAAGAAGGCAGAAGAGGUACCAAAGGCACCUGAGAAGAAAAAGGGCUGCUGCUGGUGAUGGACAGCCACCCCACACACUGAUCUGAAACUGCACUAACAGCCAGAAAAGCCUAAAAAUAGUCCAUGGACACCUUCUCUUUUCCUGUGUGUCUUCCUUGCCUGAUCUUCCUUGGAUGCUGAGAGCAAAAGCUGCUGUGGGGGACCCCCUGCCAUUCCACCAGAGCACACCAGCCCUCCGAAAUACUUCUCAGGGAACUUUACCACUUUCUUUUGGAGACAAAAAACCGGCCAAGAAAAGAGGCAGAAAAGGAACCCAGCUGGGUCUGAAAUGCUGCAAUGAUACUGGAAGCAGCAGGGAGUAAACCCAAGCCUUUGGAGAGAAGAAAUAAAAACCUGAAGCCAUCCAAGUGGUUAAAACCAGGGGGUUUAGUGCUGUUGGUGCUCUGGGCUGUAGGGACUUCUCCUCUGGCUUUGCAAUCUGAUUGGAUUUGAUCAGGAACAAUGAGAUAUUCAAUAUAUUCUAAAUGCACUUAAAUCUCUCCAAUGACACAAGGCAAAGCUAAUUUUUCCCUUCUGUGGUUUAUCCUGCCAGUGAGCAGUGAGGGAGCUUGACAGAAACUACUGAAUAUUUUGCUCAAAAUAAAUUCAAAAACCCCUUAGCACAUCCAGGAUAAGAAGAAGAUAAAUGCUUGCAAGAGAUUUUUUUCAUUAUGUUGUCCCCAGAGCAGAAUUCUGGAUUAUUGCAACAAAUCUCAGGCUGGGCAGAGAAGAAUGAGCUGCUGCAUCCUGCCCUUCUACUCUUUGUGAAGUGCUAAAUUGGUUUUAAAUCCAGCUUGAAAAAUCUAAAUAAGCACAUAACAAUUUCAAGGUGUUUUUUUUUUUAAAUCUUUUCACAGCUUGAUUGAAUUAUAUUUUUGCAGAAGAAAAAGACACACAGGCUAAAUAAAUAAGAAUACAAGUGCUA